AACUAAAUAAGACUUGAUGUGCUGUCGUCCGUCCGUACAAUUUUCGUAAGUCAAAAAAGCUGUCCCAGCAACAUGCAAGACGCAAAAAAUCAAUAAAAAAAAGAAACUGUCAAGUAGUCUGGAUCGCUAAAAAAUAAAAUAACCUGAAAGUCGUUUACUUUUAUCUUAUACCUGGAAAAAUUGUAAUAAUUUAGUAUAAUAACUGUAUUAAUUAUGGGAUCACGACAAAUAAUAGAAAAAUCCCUGUCUAUGUUGAGAUCUUUACCAAGAAUAUCACUAGCCAACUUAAGGGAUAAUCCUAACCCCAAAAAAAGUAGCAAAAGAGGACGAGCUCAACAUGGUGGUGAUAAACAUGGAUCUGGAAACAAAGGAUCAGGGCAAAGACAAAAUUACAUGAGGCUUGGCUAUGAAACUGGGAACAAUCCAUUUUACCUAAGGGUCCCCCAAGAACACUAUUAUCGUGGACACCACCUCAAAAGACAGUAUCCACCAUUAUCAUUGCUUCAACUUCAACAUAUAAUUGAUAAAGAUCGUGUAAACAUACAUAAACCUAUAGAUAUUGCAAGUAUUGUAAAAAGUGGCAUUUACGAUUUCUACCCAGAUCAAAAGCAUUUUGGUAUACACCUGACGGAUGAAGGAGCCGAUAUAUUUGCAGAAAAAAUUAAUAUAGAAGUUCAAUGGGCAAGUGAACAAGUGAUUGCAGCCAUUGAAAGGAAUGGAGGUACAAUAACCACAGCCUAUUAUGAUCCACACAGUUUAUUUUUACUAAAGAAUCCAAAGAAAUUCUUUGAGUCCGGACAAGCUAUUCCACGCCGAAUGAUUCCCCCACCAGAUGCCAUUGAAUACUAUACAAAUGCUGAAACACGGGGAUAUCUGGCUGACCCUGAAAAGGUGUCUCAAGAGAGAUUGAAGUUAGCUCAAAAAUAUGGCUACCAAUUACCUAACUUGGAAUCAGACCCUGAGUACAAUAUGCUUUGUGAACGAAAAGAUCCGAGGCAAAUUUUCUUUGGUUUAGAACCAGGAUGGGUCAUUAAUUUGAAAGAUAAGUUAAUACUUAAACCAAAAGAUGAAGAAUUAUUAGAAUUUUAUUCUAAUUAAUCAAUUUAAAUAUAACAUUGUAAAGAAAUUGUAAUAGAAUGU